AAAGGUCAUAGCAGGGACGACGGUCUUGCAUAAUUUGCAGACAAUAUUGUUCUGACUACUGUCAGACUUAUAAUAUCCAAAAAACUGCCAUACUGGCAAGCUGACUUUUCCUCUUUUAUUUACAAGUUCCUCGCUCACUGCGGCUCAUUUUCUGCUUUUCAGUCGCCAGUCACUGAAGAGGAAUCCAGCAGACCAGCACGAGACAACGAUAUGGCGCAACCAAACUUGAUACACUAAAGUAAAGUUGGCCGCAUAUUCACAGAUUCGAAUUUCCCAGGUUAAUAACUCCUGAGCUAAACACUGUUACUACACAAAUAACACCUCUUUUCUAUCGUAGUAACGUAGAGACGCAGCUACAACCCAAUUUUCCUCAACAUCAGCUUUCCUCCGCGGUGGACAAAAUACACAAGUCUCUAUGUGCGGACGACUGAGAGACAGAUUCCAAGGGCAAAGUGCAAAACCAGAAAAGCGAAUACUACAAAAACAGUCAAUAACUUCACUGUAAUACACUGUACUGUCACCAAAUUCAGCUCACACAUCACUGAUGUCCUGAUAGUUAGACGACGUUCAACACCUAGAACCCGAGGCAGAGGUAACGGCAGGUAUCCGCCAUGUCAAUGUUUCAAUCGCUUUCUGCUAAUGUCACACAUGCGCACCGAACACUCUCUCCGCCGCAUAUUGACAAGACACGCCCCUUUCUGCUCAUUGGCUACACGUUUGUUUUGUUUGUCGGCCUGACUCAGUUUUCUGAAGCAUUUUUCAAACAUCGUGCACCGCACCUUUAAUCACUGACGUCUUGGUAUGACAAAGAGACAUUAAUUAAUGUCACCUGUUCUUUCUGCAGCCCAAUUCAGCAGAGACUGUCACCAGCUUCUAUGUGCAGUGACCAUGGAACAGACCAGUUACAGACCAGAAUAAUAGGUUUUCUUAGGGAGUCCCGUUUCGCACCGAUUUCACCAGCUGCUUCAUACUGUUCCAUGAAAAGUGACCAGUCGAUGACCGAUCCAUUAAUGUUCAGCCAAGACGCAGAUGCGAGAGUAAUUGGUCAAAUGUCUCCAACACCAACACUGGGAUCUGUUCAAUCUGAGCAGUCGAUGGAUCUACCCGGCACAUUCAAUAGCAGGGAGUCGUUCACCAGUCUGAUGAUGAUGGAACACUUGAGGUGUUCAGUGUGUAAAUACAUGCUAAAGGAGCCUGUGACCAUCCCCUGUGGACACAGCUUCUGCAGGACCUGCAUCGAAUCCUACUGGAGCAAAAUAUCCUCUACAGGAGGCUACCCCUGUCCUCAGUGUAGGGAGAUGUUUAUAUCUCAUCCUGCACUGAACCUGAACUUCACUCUGGCUAACGUGGUACUCACUCAGCAGCAUGCGGCGAUGAGUUAUGCUCAUCCUCCUCAGAGCGACGCCAGACCUGGAGAUGUGGCCUGUGAUUCCUGCUCUGGGAGAAAGAUGAGGGCAGUGAAGUCAUGUCUGACCUGCCGGGAAUCUUUCUGUGAAGCCCACGUGAGACAGCACUACACUGUAGAAGCGCUGCAAAAACAUACCCUUAUGGAGCCCAAGAAAAUAGCUGAAACACAAACACUUAAACAACACCAGUCAUUAUCUCUCUCUCUCACACACACAAAUUGCUGUCAGUGAUCCUUACCAAAAACAACGGGGUGACACGGUUGCCUGUCUUCAAAACUUGAGAGCCCUGAGGAAAUGAAUUUUGAUGUGGUGGAAAUUGUGAAACCUUUUUUACUCUUGCCCAUGUCUACCAGUCUUAUACUUUAUAUUUUAUAUCUCUCAAACCUCAGAACUUCCACAACAAGUCCUCUCAUUUUUUUUUUUUUAUUCACCAGGUCAUCAAGCGUAGUGAUGACAUAUUCACCUUUGCUGCUGGCUGCUGAGGUGGGCUUUGAUGCCACAGCAGUGCUUUUCUGUCUGAAUGUAACCAGGCUCUUAGCUUUUUCAGCCUUUGUGUUCUUGAAAACUUCUUCAGUUUUCUUCAGUUUACUUCUACCCUGUUCUUCUUCUUCUUUCUGACAUUAUCUCUCUCAAAUUGGACCAGGUUACUUCUCAGCAAGUCUAAAUGUUUCAGGCUGAAACUGCUGCCGUCUGGGAAGCCACAGUCCUUCACCCACCACAUUAGUUGUGACACAGAAUCAGGACCAUAAUUAGUUCUCAUAUAUUUCAUAUAUAUUUGCAUGGAGUAGAAAGAUCGGAUCAAUAUCCAAUUCGCCAAGACACAUUUAUGUGGCCUAAUGUAAAUGGAACAGUUUUAACAAAUCAGAUAGCUAUCGGAUCAGAGACAACACAUGAAGUGACCAGGUGUAAAAAGGCCCUUAAUCUCUUAGUCUCUAUCUGUUCUCUGUGUUAUGUGUGUGCUUUAUCCUUUUUUGUUGGCUUUUUCUCUUUUCCCCUAACCUGCUUUGCUCUCCUUUUCUCUUUUCCCCUAACCUGCUUUUCCCCUAACCUGCUUUGCUCUCUUGCUCUCUUUGAGUCUACGCAGAGCUCGUCAGCUUUUAGCGGUUUCUGAAAACCUCGCAAACAAGACGCCUUUAGCACCUCAUCCCAGAUUACUGCCGUGCUUUACUUUUUAUUUCUAGGCCUUGCACUAGGUGCCUAUCCAGGUCCCUGACCUGUUGACAGAUCCAGGUCUAAAUCCUGUCUUUACAGCCCUUAACACACAGAGACAACCAACAAUAUAGUUUUACUAUUCAACACUAAUAAAUUUAACUAGUGUUCUCUGAAAAAACCCUUAAAACCUUGCAAUUAAAAUAAAUAAAAUAAAUUCUCUCACCUUCCACGUGUCCAAUUACUGCCAACAACACCAACGUGUUGUGGAAGUUCUGAGGUUUGAGAGAUUUAAAGUAUAAGACGGGUAGACACAUUUACAUUUACAUUUACAGCAUUUGGCAGACCCCCUUAUCCAGAGCAACGUACAUAAGUGCUUAAAUCUCUAACAUUGAAUACAUUAAUGCUGGCUCACUAAGUUACAUACUUAAGAUACCAUGAGUUUAAAACAUUUGUUCAAAGUUACAAUGAAAAAGUAUCAAAAGGUGUGUUUUUUUUUUGUUUUGUUUUUUUUAAAUGCAAAAGAUAAUGAAAUAAGUGCUAGUUGAAGUGUUUCCUGAAUAAGUAACAUCAAACAUUGUCCAUCCGGUUCGCUUACAAGAUGUGCCAUUCUCUGCCAUAACAAAAGAUUUCAGGAAGAAGCUUGGACCUAUAAUUGAAUUUUCCUUAGAAACUUUUAAACAGAUUGAAAAA